CCUCAGACGGACCCAGCUGAGAAGGAGACGGAGCGAGUGCCGUCGGCGGUGCCUGCAGACAUGGACCCUUUCACCGAGAAGCUUCUAGAGCGAACCCGUGCCAGGAGAGAGAAUUUACAGAAGAAAAUGGCUGAGCGGCCGAUAGGAGGAAUGAGACCUACAAUGCAAACAAAAAGGAGCAGAGAACCCUUGUCAGAAACUGGAAACCAGCCCCUUCAACCUAAUGAAGAAGCGAAGCCAGGUACCAAGCCAUCACCAUCCAAAAGACGCUGCUCAGAUAAGGUGGAGACUGCAGCUCCUAGUUCUAAGAACACACAUCCAGUUAACUCAUCUUCCAUAAACCAAAUUCUUCCUGAAAAUGCUCCUACUUCUCAGUCUGUUGUAGUGUCAUCUGAGGAAGAAGAGCAGAACCAUGAAACUGAAUCGGUUUCUGCUGGUUCGAUUAAAACACGUAUGCAAAAGCUGGCUGAACAACGACGUCAUUGGGACAGUGAUUUGCCUGAAAGUCCUUGCACUUUUCCCAUCCAAUCAAAAGAAUGUGUUGUUUCUCCUCCCAAACUACCCCUUACAUCUGAGACCCCAAUUGGGAGAAGAGGCCGUUUAGCUAACCUUGCUGCUACAAUUGGUUCCUGGGAAAAUGACCUAAGUCAUCCAUCUGCAAAGCAAAACAACACACAAGAACAGCCUGGUACUACUUGUUUAUCCAAAUUGUCCACUACAAGUGGAGCAUCUGCUAGAAUCAAUGGUGGCAGUGUGAAACAGGAUGCUGCAUCCUGUUCCCAAAGGGCUGUUGAGUCAUCGGUGAAUAAGUCAGCAAUCUCUGGGAUAUUGGGAAAUGCUAAUUCCAAAAACGUUUCGGUAGUAAGUAACCAUCAUGGUAAAGAUACUGCAGUACCAAAGUUGCAGCUUCCACAAGAAAAGCCUGUUCUUAAACCAUCUUUGAAACCGGUAUUAUCACAACCACUUCCAGCCAAAGAAGAGCCAGUUAAAGGAACACAUGCACAACUUGACUACAAGGAUAAGCCAACCACGCCAGGAGGAGCAGGCAUUAAGCCUUUUCUGGAGCGUUUUGGAGAGCGCUGCCAGGAACAUAGUGCACAUAGUCCUGUUGUAAGUGGAGGACACAGAACUCCCAUUAUCACUCCAAAUACAAAGACAAUCCAAGAAAGGCUCUUGAGACAGAAUGAAGCACCCUCAACUGCCAAUCUAGCACAGCAGCUCAAACAGGAACGUGAAAGAGAACUUGCAUCCAUCAGAGGUCGCUUUGACAGAGGCAAGCUAUGGAGUGCUGAAAGAGGAGUGAACAAAGGUCCAGAACCAAAACAGGAAAGCCAAGUCCAAACUAGCUCCAAACACCCCCCCAGUUCAGAUGCCUCCUCUCAUUUUCCAGAAGAAAAGUCUGCAACGCUUGAGAAAGUAGGAGAAGGCAAAUCUUCAGGCACUUCAGAAGAGAACAAGACAGAAGAACUUAGUCCUCUGCAGAUCUCUUCACCAAAGACUCCUGUAAAAACAAUGUCUAAUUCAAAGCUUGAACGACUUCUUGACAAACGAAAUGGCCAAGAGCAUGAGACUGAGGCAAGGGAGGAUGAUGAGGUGAAUAGCUCAAAAGUGAUAAAUGAUAUCUUUGAUGAAGUUAUUCAGGAUGAUGGGCCUGACAUAGAAAAACUUAAAAAAGAGAUGAGUAUGACUUUAGAAGAUGACAGUGACUAUGAACAAGAGACGCUGAAUAUUUCAUCAAUGUCCCUCCUAACACCUUUAACGGAAUCUGUUGCUGUUGUAAGUCCAGAGGUUUUUGCUUCCCCUAGUAGAUCAGUUGGUGAGGAAAGCACUGCAAGUGAUGACAGUCCAAAGUCCAGCAAGUUUCAAAGAAUAUCUGUCUGCAGAACUGAGUCUGGAAGCAGCAUUGGGUCCCUGUCAGAGGAGCGUAGCCUUCUAUAUAGUAUCGAUGCCUAUCGGUCUCAGCGAUUUAAAGAAAAGGAUCGUCCUUCAAUAAAGCAAGUUAUCGUUCGUAAAGAAGAUGUUUCCUCCAGGCUUGAGGAGAAAAAGAAUGGAACUUCUGGUCAAAUUAACAUUAAACGAAAAUUACAGGAGCUGAAUAAUGAAAUCAACCUGCAGCAGACUGUGAUACACCAAGCAAGUCAGGCUCUGAACUGCUGUAUUGACGAAGAGCAUGGGAAAGGAUCACAAGAAGAAGCGGAAGCUGAGAGAUUACUUCUCAUUGCUACUGAAAAAAGAACAGUGCUGUUAGAAGAGCUGAAUAAACUAAAAAACGAAGGGCCUCAAAGCCAGAAGAACAAACCUGGUUCUGUAUCUGGACUCUCCCCAUCCAGGGGAUCUGUUACUCUGUCCGAUAUGUGUCUACCUCUAAAAGCUGACUUCGUAUGUGGUCCUUCCCAGAAGACAGAAACAGCAACCUACCACUACAUAAUCAUUUUGAGAGCAGGAGCAGAAAACAUGGUUGCAACUCCACUAGCAAGUAUUGCAAACUCCCUGAAUGGAGAUGCUCUAACCUUUUCAACAACAUUUACUUUGCAAGAUGUGUCCGGUGACUUUGAGAUAAACAUUGAAGUGUAUAGCUUGGUACAGAGGAAAGAAACAGCAGGCACUGAUAAAAGGAAAAAGUCAGCUAAGUCUAAGGCCAUUACUCCAAAGCGAUUACUGACAUCUAUGACUACCAAGAGUUAUCUCCAUACUCCAGCCAUGGCCAGUCCAGGUGGGCCCAAUGCUGUGCGCACAAGCAACUUUGUUCUUGUGGGUUCUCAUAAAAUUUCACUGUCUUCAGUUGGGAAUACCAAAUUCCUUUUGGACAAGGUUCCAUUUUUGUCUCCUCUGGAAGGCCACAUAUAUCUGAAGAUUAAAUGUCAAACAGAGUCCUGUGUGGAAGAGAGAGGGUUUUUGACUAUGUUUGAAGAUGUUAGUGGGUUUGGAGCUUGGCAUCGGCGUUGGUGUGUGCUUUCUGGUAAUUGCAUCUCUUACUGGACUUACCCAGAUGAUGAAAAGCGAAAGCAUCCAAUUGGGUCAUUAAACCUGGCAAACUGCACUAAUCGUCAGAUUGAGCCAGUCAACAGAGAGUUCUGCGCUCGGCCUAACACUUUUGAACUGGUUACCGUCCGGCCACAGCGGGAGGACGAUAAGGAAACGCUUGUUAGCCAAUGCAGAGACACACUCUGUGUUACCAAGAACUGGUUGUCUGCAGAUACGAAGGAUGAGCGUAAACUGUGGAUGCAGAAACUAAACCAGGCUCUUGUUGAUCUUCGCAUGUGGCAGCCUGAUGCUUGCUAUGUCCCUAUUGGGAAGCCUUGAAUUGUGGGGAAGCUCCCCCGGAAAGCUCGCUUACAAAGCCAAAGGCAGACCAUAUCACUACUUAAUGCAGACUUUUGUAUAAGGUCUCUUGGAUUCUACAUUACACUUCAUGCUUUAAAAUGUGGAAGCGGGUGUGUUGCGUUGCACUCUUUUUGCUGUGUCUAGAGUUCUAACUCUUUUCUUAGCAUUGGAGUACAGAAACUGGUUUUUAAGCUCUUCUUGACUGUGCAAAAUAUUUAUAAUACCUUGAAAUCCGUUGUUCAGUACCCCAUUAAAAAGCAGUUUCUAUUAAGUAGCAGGGCUUGGUUUAUUUCAGGAGCUGAAGAAAGUUAGCCAAGGGGGAAAAAAGAGAGCUUUAUCGUACACAGAGUUUUCCAUUUUGGGAUACCUCUAAGUUUUCUGGUUUAGUGGGGGUGCUGGAGCUGAAGCAGGAACUUCAAUGCUUUAUAUAAUAAAGUUAUCUUAAGAAACUAAUUGGGGAUUUAAAAGAAGAAACACCUUGUAAUUAACAUUCAGCAUACUUGGCACUUGUAAAAAGUGUCUGUCUAGGAUAUGAACAAGGUAGAAUAGUCAUAGAUCCUGAUAGGCAAAAUAAAAUUAAACAGAAAUUGAAUUAGUGCAUGGUCUUGCACAUAAUAUGGUUUACAGAUGUGUUCAGUUAUGCAAGAUGUUGCACAUUUUCCUAGAAAACGAGCAUUCUGAAUAUUUUCCUAAAGCUGCUCUUUUUAAAAGCAAAAUAGAAGUUCUCACUGAUCUUUCCGUAGUCAUAUUCAACUUGCAUUGCAUAGUUUGAGCAAAUUAAAACGUCCACUGAUCUUUCAGCACUAGGAAGCCAUAUGAAUAUCAUGCAGACUUGGAGAGCUUGCUUAGGCACUCGGGGUCCGUAGAUUUUUAUAACUGAAAUGUCUGUCAGUGGAGGUUAAUUCGGCUGAUGAGUGCAGUGGCAAAGUUUCUGAGUUAAGCAUCAGAUGUGCAGCAUUCACACGUGCUUUCUGUCGGGUACCACGACAUGCUGUCUCACUGCUGUGUGUAUUAAAAGAGCAGCAGAGCACUUCCUUUGAACCGUUGCUUUAUAUAUUUAGACACUAACACUUUAACUGCCCCUUUUUUGUAUGACAAUUGCUUUUUUCUUGAUGUUUAUAAACAACUUC